AUGAUAUCCGGAAGCUCUGAUGUUGCCGGCCAUUUCGCAGGAUAUAUUCCUCUCUUCGGCGGAACUCUCAAAAAUGUGAUUGGUGGUACAGGACAUGCCUUUGGAGAUCUGAGCGAGAGACUCGGAAGCGGGAUUGGGAACAUGUUGAGCGGAGGCACACCAUCUCAGACGGGUGGUUGGCGUAGAAAGCGAUCUGCUCUUUCAGCGGCACAGGAGGCUAAGGAAUAUCUUGACAAGUUUGAUGUUCACCUAUCACCUGACGCUUCGGAGGUUGCGAAAGGGUUCCAACAGCUCGCUAACGAAAUUAAAGAAAAGACAAUUAAAGCCGUCCAGGAGAAGGAGGAAAAGAAAAGCCGAGAUACACCUUUAAAACGUUGA